CGGUCUCAGUGAAUUUGUGGGUCAGGUUCGCUCAUAUAACAGGGCCUAAUGCCGACGACAGGUCGUUUUACUGGUGUAUGGUUUUAGUCGCGUGCCGCGUCUAGUCGCUCCGCGUUACGUCUUCUCACGAUGCGUUGUGUUUUACUCGGGAGGUAAACUUCUCGGAUUAGGAGUCCAGGCGGUCUUUGGAUGGUUAACUCUGUCGAAUUGGUUCGGGCUAGAACCGGAGAUUAAUUUCGGUCCGGUUUCUUGAUUGAAAACCGGUUUUGGCGAGAAACCGAACCGUCGCGAGUAGGUUUUUGGGCAUUUAGGCGGCCUUUGAAGCCCAUUUAGGCCUUUGUAGACCUAAUGAUGACGCUUCGAAGGAUGCGCCUCGUUUUUGCUAUAAAUAGGCGCCUCUCCUUUGCUUUCGUCAUUCUUCUCUGCAAGCUCAGGUAUUCCACUUUCUCUCCCUUCUCUCUACUUUUAUUUUCUCUCUCUAGAUAAGCCUUCCGUAGCAUAGGGUUUUUUGCUAGCGAUCUAGCUGGUUUAGUCGUCCCCCCGAGUAGAAGAGAUAUGGCUUCAGGGAAUCGGCUAUCGCGCGAGGAAAAAGGGAAAGAUAUAGCUACUUCGCCAAGCCCGGCUAGGGAUGCGGACGGGGGUCCGUUGGAGGAUUUCGACAUAAUCCAUCGUGAUGCUCUGCGGGAUACGGAGAACAUGAGCCUUUCCCAGCGCCUUCUGGUCGCUGAUGCCCAUAGACAGUUUCGCGAAGAAAUCGAAGAAAACGUUGAGGACGAGGAUAGAGAGGCGAGUGGUUCUGAAGCGCCUAGCCUUGUCGUAAGACCUAGGAGACGGGCUCGUCGGAGGGGUCGUAUCGACCAGUCAGGCCGUCUCCCUGCUCCGAGAAGUGUUCCGUUCUACGAAGUAGACUGUCGUCCUGUGAUAUAUCACCCUGGUGGGAUUUUCGAAGAACUACCUUCGCUGCCUCCCGAAGCGUUACGCGACCCGCGAGUUCAAUCGUGGGGGAACGUUUUCAGUUCCUGUUCUUCCAACGAGACCGUGAAGAGAUUGCUAAGAGAGAGUGGUGGCGCUGGAGUCACCUUCCUCAUUCCGUCAACCGAUCAGCGGCCGUGGUCGCCACCGGUUGGUUACCAGUGCGUGUAUGAAUCUUACUUCAAGGAUCAGACGAAGCUCUGGUUCCCAAUCCCCAGACUGAUCACGUCUUACGCAUUUCGUCGGGAUAUUGCCAUUUCUCAGCUGCUGAACGGGUCGCUGCGCAUAGCCGUCAUGUUGAUGGUUAUGGCAGCGGAGAUGGAUGUUUCGAUGAGCGUGAGGGUGUUUGAGGAGCUGACUUUCACGAAGGCGGAGCCUAACGGGAUCUUCUCGGUAAAGAUGAGAGCGAGUUACAACGUUUUGACUGGUCAUCCCAACAAGACGCAGGAUUGGCAACGCGCUUACUUCUUCAUUAAGUCCGACGAGCAUGCCUUCGAGGAGCCGCCGGGGGACGAUUAUCGCGUUUUAUGGAAUCAGCAACUUGUUCGUCAUCCCAAUACAAUUGCCUAUCCAGAGAAAUUCUUCGAAACUGCUCAACUGAUCGCGACGCAUAGUCAUCUCAGGUGGCCGGAUCUUAGUCGGGAGUGGAUACGUCGGCAACAAGCUAGGAUCGCCAGAGUUGAUUGGGAAUCGAGACUUCCUUGUGUACUCGGUCCCCGCAAAUCACGUCUCUCCCUAUUUACUCGGAAGCAACAAAAACUCCUUAACCAAGCUAGAAAGAUGGAGGGAGUUCCCGACUUAAGUGCCCUGUUGAAAGGGAAGCUUCAAAUGCUCUCGACGAAAUCGUCUUCUGCCGGUGCCUCAGAAGUCAGGCCUGUUUCCACAGAUGGAGAUGUGAACCCUGAGCCGCCAGCUCAGAGUUCCCCAAAGAGGAAGACCAAUAGGGCCAAGGCCAAGAACAGGAGUGUCCCUUUGGAAGAGGCACAACCUUCUGCCGAUGUCUCUGAAAUCGCGGCUAAGAAGAAGAAGAAAAAGGAGAGCAAGAAAAGGUCUCGUGAAGAGACUUCUGUUGGGGCUAUGGAGACUCCAACUGCCGCAGGGAAUGAUGGUGCGGAAAGAAACGAUCCGGCCGAUUCUACUCGGGGAUCGCCUGAGGAGCGUCCCAAGAAGAAACUGAAGAAGAAGUCAGCGGAAGGCGAUGGGACUUCUGCUCCCGAGAUUCCUUCUAGAAGUGGGGAACCAGCUACCGAAGUCGGAGAUGGCUCACGGGAUGAAUCUCCGUCGAGUAAGGGAGCCCCUUCGUCUUCUGCGAGGGAGACUGGUGCGGGAAGCGGAGGUUCGCUUCCGCGGAAGGCGGGAGGAGGAGUUCACUUCCCGGAUCACGUAGAAUUCCUUUACGAUGAGGCGACUCCGUUGGUUCUGAAUCCACUUCCGUGUGCUGAACUGACUCGUCAGAUUCGUGGCGGGACCAAAGAGUUGCCGCCGGUCGACGACUUAUACUUCAAAAAGGAGUACAUUGACGCGGCUAUGGCGGGCAGACGGAGUGACGGGAGCAUGAACUAUCUCGUGGAGAAGUACGACAGCACCUUGAAGCAGACGAUGGUCCAGCUGGGCGCCUCGGAUAAACUCGCACGGACCAGAUUGGGCGUGAUCGAGAGGUUACGCGCCGAGAACAAAAAGGCCAGCGACAAAGCGGCCAAAGAGAAAGAGGUCCUCCGAGUUAAGUUCGAGGAGCUGGAAGACAAGCUGAAGUCUGACCGUCUUGCGAAGAAGGACGCUCUCCGCGAGAAAACUCGCUUAGAGUGAUUGGU